UGUGACACUUUCGUCAUUUAGACGUAGUAACAAUUAUUUUCACGCAAAUUACAAGAAAAUUUUCACGUUAUUUUGACAAUAUUUUCAAUAGAUAAAUUUGAAUGAAUCGAGUAGUUCAAAAGAAUGUGAAAAAGCAUUUAUAUGUCGAAAUAGAAUAGUAUAGAUGAAAUAUUUUGGAUCUAAGCUUUUUUUUUCAAUAAGAUUCAGCAGAAAUUGACAGAAAUAGUAAAGUAGCUAGCGUAAAAAGGUCCAUACAUCGGUAUACGAUUGAUUUUCAAGAGCAUUGCAACAUUUUUUGGACAACAUAAAUCAAAUUUCUUCAUAAUGCAAUUUUCAAUAUCCUCCAAAACUGCCGAACAGCUUGAAAGAGAGAGAAUUGAAUAUUAUCACACCCGCUAUAAUAAAUCCAAGUUUCCGUUACGAAAACAUCGUCGGAAAGUUGUAACACGAACACAGUCAGAGACAGAUAUUAAUGCCGACAUUUCGGAAUGUGAACAAACCGAAAAUCCUCCAAAAGUCAGUUCGAAACUAGAAACUUUCACUAAAAUGCUAUUCAAUCGCUCAAAUUCGCUACAACACAGUCCAAAAAAGGUGACCAGCUCAUCGUCAACCACGUGGAUGGAAAAUUUAUGGAAAAGCAUGAAAUUCCAGAGAGCUGCCGAACCAACACCACCAGAACGAGCGUUGCGUGAACUAGCAUACAUUUCGAGCCAAGAAUGGGUAGAGAAAUCGGAUGGCCGUUACAAGAUCAUGGCCCAUUUGGAUACUAUCGGCUUUAGAGAGGAUAAAAACUGGUUCUUGCUGAACGAUACAACAGUCCGAACGAAUCGUCUGAUGACGUGGAUUCCAUUACCAGCCGAUUGUGUUGCCCUGGAGGAACUAGCCCCUUUCAAUUCACCAAAAGGAAUAAUGAUGGAAUUGCUCGCUUCAUUGCAACAUCCAUACAUUUAUCCAGUGCUAGAUCUGGGCAUUUUCAAUUCGAACCAAACGAAUUUCGCGUGUCUCGUUAUGCCGAUCAAUGAGCGUGGCAGCCUCAAAGAUUAUAUUUACAAAGCGAUACGGUGGAAUGAGCCAUGGAGACGUAAAUACGCAAAAAAGUCAAUUUGUUUGACAUUGCCGCAGGUGCAACGGUUUGGUCGACAUAUUUUGGAAGCGUUGCUAUUUCUGCGCGAACGAG